GUUCCUGAAAGUUCUGAAAAAGAAGAACGUCCAUUGCAUGAAAAUUGCAUGUUGUGGGAUGAAAAUGCCAAGCUGAGACUGGAAAUAGACACAGCAAAAAAUCAGAAGCAAGAAAUGGAAAAAGAACAUUUUGAGGACAUUGCAAUUGUCAACGAAAAGAAUGACCAUCUUCAAAAGACAAUAAGAGAAACAGUAUUUCAACACAAUGAGCAGUUUGAAGUUCUGAAUGUUGAGAAUACUGUGCUAAACAGUAAACUGGAGGAUGAACAACAAAACAGAGGAAGACUGGAAGCAGAAGUUGAAUCAUACCAGUCUAGACUGGCUACCGCUGUACAGGAUCAUGAGCAUUGCCAGACAUCAAAAGGAGACCUACAACUUGCUUCCCAGAGAGCAAGAGAUGAAGGGUUUUCUGCGGGAAGGUCAUUCUACAAACCAGUUGAAAAUGAUGAGCUUAUAGCAAAACUGCAACCAUCAUCUUCAAAAUGUAUACGUCUGGAUGAGGAAAAGACACCUCAACAGGAGUUAUCAAUGGAAGCACUUCUAAAGCGACGUGAAGAACUAAAGGAUAGAGUAAAGAAGGCAAAACAAGAAGCAGUAAACCUCAGAAAUAUAGAAAAGAAUAUGGUAGAAAUCUGUGAAUUAGAAGACUAUAAAAAGAAGCUUGAAGAAAGAGCAAUACGGGAUGUAGCAGACAAAGUAGAAAAAGUCAAUUCACUUUUACAGAGACAAAGAGCAUCUCAAGAAACGUCAGAGCAGAUGAUAAAUGAUCAGGCUUCAACAAGUCACUUGGAACUCAGAAAUAAAGAAUUGGAAUCAGAAAUCUCUAAAGUGCAAACUUCUCAAGAUGAUAUGGAAAGAGAAUUGAAAAAAUAUGUGCGACUCUACCAAGAAGAAUUGGAAGGCAGAAAGUUACUGGAAAAUCAGCUAACUGAUUUUCCUAGGAUUAAGGAGAAGCUAGCAGAAGUCAGCAACAAACUUUUCUGGGAGAAACAGCUCAGCAAGAGAAAUUCCAUUCCAAGAGAAAACUUGGGGAUUCCUACCUCAAGUCCAUGCACUUCAACUUACCACAGAAUGCAGACACGGUCUUCUGCCAGCAUAUCCAUGACAGCCCGAGUCAGGCUGCCUCUGGAUCCCCAGCGUUGGGAACAGGGUCACCAGGGGUCACCACGGGCUCCGUCCGGUUUCCUGGAAGACACCAGACACCACCUCUUCCCCAAGGAAGGCCUCUGCUCCAGAUAUGGCAGGAGUAUGGAGAAACCCUAACUAGAGAACGAAAAGAAGAUGCUGCUAAAUUUGAAGCUGAAUCCUAUAGAGUUUGUCCUGUAGGAUCUGUAGGAUCAAUCAGUCAGUCAAGUUCAUGUCAAGAUUUACUUUUGAAAGCACAAAAAGAGUAUAAAGAAAUUUUGCUGAAAAAUUACAUGAUCUGAAACAU